AUGGCUUCCAUGUUUCGUGAUUUAUUCGGUCCAUCGGAAUUUAACCUUACGGAUAAUAUUUUCGAUAAUGUGACCUACAAUAGGAAUACUAUUUACCGUAAUUUCUGUCAUGCAUUGAACUACCCAUAUGGAGAUAAGGUAAUAUAUGGAUAUAGCUUACCAAUACUGGCUGUCGUGUCACUUUUUCUCAAUUCUCUUGCAAUUUUGGUCUUCAUGACAACCAAUUGUAAGUCUCCAACUAAUAUGAUCCUCAUCGCUCUAGCUUUAUCAGACACUCUGGCGCUGUGUGCUAUUGGUCCUAUGUUAUUUAUAGUGUAUGGUCUAGGAAACAAAGAGAAGAUAUUGAGAUAUCCAUUUUGCAUUUAUCAUGAUUAUUCCUAUUAUGUUGCCAAUAUGUUUCAUAUUCUUUCAAUAUGGCUGACUACACUGCUUGGAUUUCAAAGAUAUAUUGUUGUCGCCUUUCCUUUGAGGGGUCCACGUUUAUGGACUAGAAGAAACUCAUUCUUGGGAAUUCUCAUUCUAUUUAUACUUUCUUUUGUCAUUAAUUUUGUGCCAUAUCACCAAAAGACUUAUUUCGGAGGAGAAUUUUAUGAAAAAGCAACCGGUGAAAAAUAUGAGAAAUUGUGUGUUUGUGAAUAUGUAGAAUCGGCUCGGGCAAUCGGAACAAUUUAUACAUGUCUAAAGUUAUUUCCGGGUACGAUUGUUCCUUGUUUUAUGUUGACAGUUACAACAGUUCUUCUUAUUUCCGAACUAAAAAGAGACACUAUUCAGAUAAUAUUACUACAUUCAGAGGGAAACACCAGAGAGAGACGAGAUCUCAAGCAAAUAGAACGGACAUCAAGAACGAUAAUCGUCAUAGCAGUUUGUUUUCUUUUCAUAGAACUUCCAUUUGUUACUCUCUACAUUUGGAUCCUAAUAGAACCGGAUCCUAAAUACUCGUCUCUUAAUGAAGACUCCAGGUUUUACACUGCUUUAAGUUUUAAUUUUCUGGUGUACUUAGGAAGUAUGGUUAAUUUUUUUGUCUUCAUAACAAUGAGUCAAAAUUUUCGAAAAAAACUCAAAUUCAUUUUGUUACUUGGCUGGAUAAGAUUGCUUCCCUCUAAAGUGAGGAAAUCGCCAACAUUUCAUACGCAUGAAAGUAAUAUUAUUCACAAUGUCAAAGAUACUGGGGUAUAA